UGUAUUUACUCACACUGUGUGGUUAAUCGUCUGAGCUUCCGUUGUGAAAUGAUAUUGAGAAGCUCUCUGUCUUCAUAAAGCGGAGGUGCCGGUGUUGGACUGGGGUGGACAAAGUUAAAAAUCACACAUCAGUCCAACAGAUUUAUUUGGAAGUACUAGUUUUCAGAGCGCUGCUCCUUCAUCAGAAACGUCCGAGUGCUCCGAUUUUCACCAAGCAAAGAAUGAAUAACGCCAGCAACUUGGAAGAGGACUCAUGUUCGUACAUCAGCAAAUUCAAAGCUGGCAUCUUUGUACCAACGUAUAUCACCAUAUUUAUUUUUGGAUUUAUUCAAAAUGUCUUCUGUUUAUACGUAUUCCUGAAGCUAUACAAAAGGAAGACGGCAUUCAGCAUCGUUAUGGUAAAUCUGGCAAUAUCAGAUCUGCUCUUUGUCUGCACUUUGCCCUGGCGGGUUCACUAUUAUUGGAAUGACAGGAAAUGGGAGCUUUCAAAUGCUUUCUGCAUGUUGCUGACUUAUGCUCUGUACCUCAACAUGUAUUGCAGCAUCUAUUUUUUGACCCUGAUGAGUGUUUUGCGGUACUUCGCCGUAGUGCAUCCAAUUAAAGGUUUGAAAUAUAGAAAUGUUGGAACUGUGCGAAUCAUGUGUGUUGCAGUCUGGGUGUUUGUGGGAGCAGUAUCCAGCCCUUUGCAGAUUAGCAGUUACAAUAUGACAAAUGAAACACGUGAACAAUGCUUUGAAUUCAGCAAUGCGACUACUCAAAUAUAUCCCAUGAACUUGUUUUCCCUGAUCGUGGGUUGUAUUAUUCCGUUCUUUAUUAUCAUUGUAUGCUACAUAUCUGUUGUUAAGUCUUUGUUAACUUCAAAGAUAACGCAUAAGCAGCAAUUUAGCUCCCGCAAAAAAGCUGUUGUUGUAAUUAUUAUUAUAAUAUUUAUAUUUCUAAUCAAUUUUCUGCCUUAUCACAUUCUACGAACUGUGUACGUUAGCCUAAAGACAAGCAACGAAAAUACAUACCGAACUCAUUGUGUAGUUUAUAUAGGUUCAGUGGUUACCUUAUGUAUUGCAGCGAUCAACCCCUGUUUGGACCCGUUUUUAUAUUACUUCGCAGCAGAAAACUUUAGAGAUAAGCUGACAAGCACAGUGCAGAACAUAUUCAAAGGCAUCUCCUCUGCCAAUUAAUCAAACCUGAUUACAUUUAUAAAUUUAAUUAUUAUCACUUAUGAUCAAUGGUUUUCGGUAUUUCUCCUAUUGCAGAAUACAAAAAGUGACGUUAAAACUACUUUCUAACAAAUAAUUAAUUUUGAUUUUAUUGCCAUGGCAGUUGUGGCCUGCAAGCAAGUAACUCCGUACAACGUUUUCCUGCGAGUAUGAUUCCAAGCUGAAAGAUAAAUUGAGUCCUUUUUGUCUUUUAAGAGUAAUGAGGCUUUUUCUUACACGGUGUUGUUCGAACAUUAUAAGUAAUUCCGCGUUGAAACAAUUGCAGAUUCGGUUGCUUUGUGUUUCCUUUUAAACCUGCAAUUGGAAUAGCCAGCUCAAGAAUCCUGUGAGACAUCUGAAUUCCUUCAGACCUGGCCUUCUAUGCAUGUCUAAUUUGAAUCACUCCACCAUCGCUGGGUAUUCAGCUGUUCAGGUCCUAAGAGCUGAGUUUUCUCCCGAAACCUCUCUCUCUCACUAGCUCUUUUUUCCCCUUUAUUGUCACUCCUUAAAAUCCACCCCUUUUACAAAGUUUUCAAUCAUCUGCACUAAUAUCUUCUUAUUUGAGUUGGUGUCAAACUUCAUUUGGUAAUGCAAUUUCUGUGUUUUCAUUACAUUAAAGGCACUAUAAAAUUCUAAGUUGUUAUUGAUCAUAACAUCAUAUUUGAAUUAUUUUCAAUUCAAAGCUGAAUAAUUUAUCUGAUCUUCAUACAUUUGUUUUCUAUUUCCACAACUGUGAAUUUGUCUCUUAUUAGUCCCCAGCGUUUGUCAUUUACUAAGCCCCAUCUUGUUAUCUCAUUAAAAUUUUUCCUUUUGCUGGUAAGUCAUCAACAAGAUUCACAGCCUUUCAGAACAUACCAAUGACUUGACUUCUGGGCAUACUGACUAUGCUCAGGAAGUCUUGUGGCGCAGCAGAUAGUAUCUUUGCUGCUAAUUCAGAAGCUCUUGGUUUGAGGUGCACUCCAGGACCUGAUGGGUAUGAGACCUGUUUUCAUAGUGUGAUCAAAGAGGUUCAUUAACAAGCUAAAAUUCUCCUAAUAUAGCUAUGACAGGCAGUAAGAGCAGCAUAAUCUCCUUGAUGACUGUAUUUGAUGUGGAGUGGAUUCCUUCAAGCUACAGCAUUUGGCGACAGGCAAGCAACUUGUUUCAGAAAAACUAGCUGUAUGAACAGAUAUAAGCACAUACUUUAGCUGCGCCAUUUUCCACUCAUACCAGGAAAAGAAAAGAACUUGAAGGUGAUAAUUCAGUGUUUCCUUUUCCAGUAGGUUACACUCUUUCAGUCUUUAUAAAGGAUACUUAUCUACCUAUAUUUGAAAUUCCAAUAUCUUUGUGAGAAUAUUAUACAGCAUGCGAACCAGAUUCAAAAAUUUGAACUGUGGAAAAAUCCACUUUCUGUGGACCUGCCCAGUCAAAGAGUCAUAGAGAUGUACAGCAUGGAUACAGACCAUUUGAUCCAACUCUUCCAGGCCAACCAGA